AUGGCGCAACAGGACCUGCUGAUGCCGUGGCUCAGCGCGCUCGGCAACGUCUCCCUCGGCGCCCGCUUGCGCGGCGAGAAGCCCGACCGGGCGCGCGCGCUCGCCAUGCUGGAUCGCGUGGGCCUGGGCGCCGAGGCCGAUGCGCUCCCGCAUACGCUCUCCGGCGGAAUGCGCCAGCGGGUGGCGCUUGCCCGCACCCUGAUGGAAGACCGGCCCAUCGUCCUGAUGGACGAGCCGUUCUCGGCCCUCGACGCGAUCACGCGGAUGCGACUGCAGGAGCUUGCCGCCGGCCUGCUCGCCGGGCGCACGGUGCUGCUGGUGACCCACGACCCGCUGGAGGCGCUAGGCUGGGGGAUCGCAUCUACGCUAACGACGGUCUGCGGCCUUCUGGUCCUGGUCUGGCAGGCGGUCGUCUGGCUCGCCGAGACUCCCCACUACAUCCUGCCGGGGCCGGCGCGGGUGGGUGCGACCUGGUGGCACCAUGCCGGGCUGAUCCUGAGCCACGCCCAGACGACGGUGCUGGAAAUCGUCUUGGGCCUCGUCCUCGGCACGCUGCUGGGCGUCGUCAGCGCCCUGGUGCUCACCUAUGUCCGGCCGGCGCGGCUCUGGCUCCUGCCGGUGCUGGUCGCGUCCCAGGCGGUGCCCGUCUUCGCGCUGGCGCCGAUCCUCGUUCUCUGGCUCGGCUACGGGAUCGCGUCGAAGGUCGCGAUGGCGACACUCAUCAUCUACUUCCCGGUGGCCGCCAACUUCUUCGACGGGCUCCGGCGGACCGAGCCGGGCUGGCUCGAUCUCGCGCGUGCCAUGGGCGCGAGCCCGUGGCGGACGCUCUGGCGCAUCCGCGUGCCGGCGGCCUUGCCCGCAUUGGCCUCCGGCGUCCGCGUCGCCGCUGCGGUGGCACCUAUCGGCGCCGUGGUGGGCGAGUGGGUGGGCUCGAGCGCCGGCCUCGGCUUCCUCAUGCUGCACGCCAACGGGCGUAUGCAGAUCGACCUGAUGUUCGCCGCGCUGCUCACCCUCGCGGUCUUCGCCGUGGCGAUCUACUUCAUCAUCGACCACGUGCUGCGCCGGGCCCUUCAUUGGCAACCGGACACGUGA